GCACCGGAAAUGGCAUUUAUUCAUGCUCUUGCGUCCGCAACUGUGACUAGUUUUAUAGCACGUGCUUGUAGGGAUGGCCAAUUAGCUUCCUGUGGUUGUUCUCGCGGCACUCGGCCGAAUCAGCUUCAUGACGAUUGGUCCUGGGGCGGAUGUGGCGACAAUCUGGAAUAUGCCUAUAAGAAAAAAUUAAUCGAGAAAUUAUCAAUUCAAAAUUUUUUUACGGAGACAAUAUCAUGCAGCGUCGUAAAGGAAAGCGAAAAAAUCAACGUGCUUUAAUAGAUGAACCAUCAUUACCACUAAACAGUAAUGUUAAAGAAAAUGAUGGGGCUGGAAUCCAUUUGCGUAGCACUGCCAAGGCAAGAAGUUUAAUGAACUUGCAUAAUAAUGAAGCAGGACGUCGAGCGGUGAUUAAAAAAACUCGUAUAACCUGUAAGUGUCACGGAGUCUCUGGAUCAUGCAGCCUAAUAACUUGCUGGCAACAAUUGGCUUCGAUAAGAGAGAUAGGCGAUUAUCUGCAUGGGAAAUAUGAACAAGCAACGAAAGUUAAAAUUAACAAACGUGGGCGGCUUCAGGUAAUAGAUUCGCAAUUUACCGUGCCCACAGCCCAUGACCUUAUUUAUUUGGAUGAAAGUCCGGACUGGUGUCGAACUAGUCACCCGUUACAAUGGCCAGGUACUCAUGGACGUGUUUGCCGUAAAAACUCAUCUGGACUAGAAAGCUGUGCCAUACUAUGCUGUGGCCGGGGCUAUAAUACAAAGAAUAUUAUAGUUAACGAUCGCUGCAAUUGCAAGUUCCACUGGUGUUGCCAGGUUAAAUGUCAAGUUUGUACAAAAGUACUCGAAGUGCACACAUGUAAAUAAAAAUUAUGAAGGCAUUAAUA